UGCUGGAGUUAUUUCUGUACACAGUUGUAGAAUCCAGGUAGUGCAUUCUGAGAGUAUGAAAGGCGUAAUAGGAGCCUACAUAUCUAUACACAUACACAAGCACCCUAAAUACCCCAAACCUACAUUGCCCCAAUCAGCAACGCCAGACGAGCCCCGGAGAGCACAUAUACCUUUUAAUGCCCACUGGCUUUCAGAAGACAAUUUUCUGUGAUCUUCUUCAAACGCCGUAUGUUGGCUGCAUGCAAGGACGGUGGCAUGAACUUUGUCUUAUGGCAUGUCACUAGCUCAACUGCAGGCGCACGGCGCGGGUACGGGGAGGAAGCAAGCUUAGUUAAUGCUUAAGUGAGAGGUCGAAACUACCGUGUCGUGUGUUCCUUAUAUUAGUUAUUUAGAGCUACGACACAAGUAGCCGCCAUCGCCGAGAAAUACUCACACCAGUAUGCCGAGCCCCAUCCUUCAUGGAGCAUGACCUCGCAGAGCAAACGCAGCCUAAAGCCCCCAGAAAGUACAAUCGGUCCACUAGCCCACGAGCUGUAGAGAGAAGAAGACUGCAGAAUAGAAUUUCUCAGCGCAACCGCCGUAUGCGAAUACAGAACGCGGCUAAUAGGGAGACCUGUAUUGUCGAGCCCAUUGCGCAUCAGCCCUACCAGGAGGACGAGCCGACUGUGAGUUUCGAGGAAGGAAACCCUCCACUCACAACGAGCCACGGCGGCAACUUCCAAGAGCCUAGAGUUUUGAACGUUGCGGAUAACACAGUCCCCUUCUGUGCCCCAUCUAUUGAAUCGGCUGAACCGUCUUCGGGAGCAAUGAUUCCUCUCAUGGCAGAGGACCUAGUUCUGCAGCAACUGCCUGCUUGGUCCCCCGUUGACUCGAUGAUAGGAAUGCCUAUGCCAACACUAAGUGGGGAGGGUCAUCUAUCUCACUUUGAGACUGACUCUCCUGCCAACAACUGCACCUGCAAUGAGACAACAGGCCCUUGUCCUGGACACAUAGAAAAGAUGCGAACGCAGGUACUAAGGGAGACAUCAAGUUCGCUGCGGUCAAAUCAACACCACAGGACCAAAAAUAUGCCUGGAGGCGAAAUUUCAAUGCACCAGGAGGCUUCUCAGCCGCCGCUUGACCGGACCGGUUUCUCUCUAUCGCAUGAGUUGCACCAACAACAGCCAUUUCACUGCCAUAACAGCACUGAAAGCAGUAGCACCAGCAGCAGUCACGCACAUACAAGGCUGAGCACCCAAUCGCCUUCUAGUGUGCCGCCUUUCGGCGCGUCUUCUAGCAUCGUCGGCUAUUCGUCACAUGGUGCCUCCGUAGCUGACAUGACGCGACGUUUCGUAGCCAUAAUUGACCUAGUGCAGUCGCUUGGGUUCAGCCACUUCGACGAGAUGGCUGCAGCAUACUACACCGCUGCCUUCGAGAAGGAGAGCUUACCAGCUAUGGCACAGAGCGCCAGCCGUAGCCGUCGGCUCAAACCAAUGCUGAUGAAACUUCAGGACAACAGUGUCCAAUGGCAGCGGUGGGAGUCCCGGGGACUUCGAGAAGGAAUUUCGGAAGCUGCUAAUCGCACUUACGUGGCGGAAAUAGAGGCUCAAGGUAGAGUAAUAGAGCCUAGCCAAUUUCGCAACGAGUCGGCCAACCUCAUCGUCGCCAUUGAGAGAUUGCUACGUGAUCAUGGUUGGGGCAGACGAGACGGCGCGCCCCGUUCACAUGACUGGGAGGGGAUGACGCUGUCAGAGCAGCUGGACGCAGCUCCGGAUUCGAUGCCUUGCCUGUGGACCCUUCUAACCGAGUUAGCCGGAGCUGAGGGACUGUAUUGCGACAGAACCGCUCGCGCUGCGUUAGCUGUUCUACUUUCUGCCCCUAACUAGGCGUACAGAAAAGGAAAAUGGGGAGGAAGAUUAAAGAAUAUAAUGCAUUUCGACCACAACUAUAGACCAAUGUAUAAAAGAGAAGAAACGUGAAAAACUCUAGAAUACACUCGAUAUUCAUGGGUAGAACAAAAUUCUAAGCUCAAUAAUAAAAAACCUUCCUAAAA